AUGGCAAGCGGAGAUUUUGAUGACACCAGAGACUACGAGAAAUAUCUGGAACAGGAGGUCGUUGUUAUGCUGCGAGAUGGGAGGUAUCUCUACGGUGUGAUGAAGUCCUUUGAUCAAUUCAACAGUGUAACACUUGACGGUGUUAUCGAAAGGAUAUUUCACGAUACCAGAUAUGCCGAGAGGAGGCAUGAGCUGUUCAUAAUAAGAGGAGAAAACAUAACAAUGAUAGGCCUAAGCCCUCCAGACGUGGAAGAAGGGCUGGAGCAGGCAGACUUCUGGGCCCUUAAGAACGAGAUUCUGGGUUUGUAG